UGGGCUCCCGGAAGUCGGCCAUGGAGACUCUCCGGGAAGCCACCCUGCGGAAACUGCGCAGAUUUUCGGAGCUGAGAGGCAAACCUGUGGCAGCUGGAGAAUUCUGGGAUGUGGUUGCGAUAACAGCAGCCGACGAAAAGCAGGAGCUCGCUUACAAGCAGCAGUUGUCAGAGAAGCUGAGAAGAAAGGAACUGCCCCUCGGAGUUCAAUACCAUGUUUUUCCUGAUCCUGCUGGGACCAAAAUUGGAAAUGGAGGAUCAACACUUUGUUCCCUUCAGUGUCUGGAAAGCCUCUAUGGAGAUAAAUGGAAUUCUUUCAAGGUCCUGUUAAUUCACUCCGGUGGCUACAGUCAACGCCUUCCCAAUGCAAGUGCUUUAGGAAAGAUCUUCACAGCCUUACCACUUGGUGAACCCAUCUAUCAGAUGUUGGAGUUAAAACUAGCCAUGUACGUGGAUUUCCCCUCACACAUGAAGCCUGGAGUCUUGGUCACCUGUGCAGAUGACAUUGAACUGUACAGUGUUGGGGACUGUGAGUACAUUGCCUUUGACCAGCCUGGCUUUACUGCCUUAGCCCAUCCUUCCAGUCUGGCUGUAGGCACCACACACGGAGUAUUUGUCUUGCACUCUGCCAGUUCCUUACAACAUGGUGACCUUGAGUACAGACAAUGCCACCGUUUCCUCCACAAGCCCACCAUUGAAAACAUGCAUCAGUUUAAUGCUGUGCAAAGACGAGGAAGCUUUACUCAACAGGACUUCCCUGGAGGUGACACCGCGUGUCUUCCAUUGCACACUGAGUAUGUCUACACAGAUAGCCUGUUUUACAUGGACCACAAAUCGGCCAAAAAGUUACUUGAUUUCUAUAAAAGUGUAGACCAACUGAACUGUGAAAUAGAUGCCUAUGGUGACUUUCUGCAGGCACUGGGGCCUGGAGCAACUGCAGAGUAUACCAGGAACACAUCACAUGUCACUAAAGAAGACUCCCAGUUGUUGGACAUGAGGCAGAAAAUAUUCCACCUCCUCAAGGGGACACCACUGAAUGUUGUUGUUCUUAAUAACUCCAGAUUUUAUCACAUUGGAACAACACAAGAAUAUCUGCUUCAUUUCACGUCUGAUAGUACCUUAAAGUCAGAGCUAGGCUUACAGUCCAUAGCUUUCAGUGUCUCUCCAAGUGUCCCUGAAUCCUCCAAUGAAACAGCCUGUAUCAUUCACAGUAUACUGGAUUCAGGAUGCUGUGUGGCCCCUGGCUCAGCUGUAGAGUAUUCCAGACUGGGGCCUGAGGUGUCCAUUGGGGAAAACUGCAUUGUCAGCAGCUCUGUCCUAGCAAACACGGCUGUGCCAGCGUAUUCUUUUGUGUGUUCUCUAAGUGUGAGGACAAAUGGACUCUUGGAAUAUUCUACCAUGGUGUUUAGUGUGCAGGACAACUUGAAAGACAGUGUUAAAACCCUGGAAGAUAUAAAGGCACUUCAGUUCUUUGGAGUCGGUUUCUUGUCUUGUUUAGACAUCUGGAACCUUAAAGCUACAGAGAAACUGUUCUCCGGAAGUAAGGGGAACCUGAGUCUGUGGACUGCACGGAUUUUCCCUGUCUGUCCUUCUCUGAGUGAGGCGGUUACAGCAUCCCUUGGGAUGUUAAGUGCUGUAAGGAGCCAUUCGCCAUUCAGCCUAAGCAACUUUAAGCUGAUGUCCAUCCAGGAAAUGCUUGUCUACAAAGAUGUACAAGACAUGCUAGCUUAUAGGGAGCAAAUUUUUCUAGAAAUUAGUUCAAAUAAAAAACAAUCUGAUUUAGAGAAAUCUUAAAUUGAACAUAUUUUGUCUGUAAACAAAAUUGAAAAUGCAGAUAUUUUUCUAUAGACCUCUGACUUUUUGUUUAGUAAAUCAAUAUAAUAAAAGUUAUAUUAAUAAUAAGUGUUGUAGCUUGGUAAUGAAUGAGGUAUGGCUGAGCACUUCAGCUGGAAGGACAUUCUGGGACUAAAGUCAGGAAAGCGAUGCUGUUUCAGAUGUUUGCAUCAUCUUAAUUUUGCUUUUUGGGUAAAGGUCCAUUUACAGGCACUGUUUGGUUCACAAAAUAAAUACUCCUGAUCUAUGGGAUGAUUUUCUAAACAUACCUUUAAAGUUUUCCUAUCUUCUUUUGGAAUUUGGACCAAUAAAGUUCUAGGUGAUAUUGAUGAUUAUAUUACUUUACUUCUCACAGUGAGACAACAUCUAACAAUACAUUGUUAGAAAUUCCUAAAAGAAAUAUCAUUAUUUGAGGUUUUCUUUCAAGAUUUUGUUCUAGUUUUAUGUGUACGAGUGCUUUACUUGCAUGUAUGUUUGUGCACCACGUGCUUGCUCUGCCCAUAGAAGCUAAAACAGCUGUUCUCAACCUGUGGGUGGUGACCUUUUUGGGGAUGAAACAAUCUUUUGAGGGGUAGCCUAAGACCACUGGAAAAUAAAAUAUUCGCAUUGCGAUUUAUAACAGAAAAAUUACAGUUAAGAAGUAGCAACAAAAGUAAUUUUACAGUUUGGGUCACCACAGCCUUAGGAACUGUUUUUAAAGGAUGGCAGCAUCAGGAAGGUUGAGAACCACUGGUCUAGAAGAAGGCAUUGGAUCUGUUGGAAUCAGUUAUAGAUGGUUACAACCUCCAUAUUGUUUAGUCUGCAAGUCAACUUUAGUCCUAUGAAAGUGCUGUAAAAUGAUGUUUGUGCCUCACUGAUCUUGCCAAAAUGAGAUUAAAAUGUACGUAUGUGUUAUUCUUAUACACUUGAACAUGGGGUGCCAUAUUUUAUAAACUACAUCACUGAUCUAUUACACUGGAAAAUACAUACACACAGUAUGCAGUUGUCUGCUCAGGAGGUGGUAGGAAUAGUUGAGAGCCAGUGCUCACUCAGCAUGGACAUUACUUUAUCCUCUCCUAAUUAAUCCUUCAACAAAUCUCUUAACAAUGAGCAUUUGCCUUACAUCAUUUUGUGUCCAUAGUGGUAGUGAUGCUGUGGACAAGCAAUUGGCCCAAAGACAGGAAAUUCCAAUAGGAAAUCUGAGGUAAUACUCAGAUCAUAACAGGUAGAAUUCCUGGUUAUAUGCAUCUAUUUUGAAAUAAACACAUUAGUGGAAUGUCUUUAGGUUGAACUUGAAUCGAGGCGAGACUUAUACUUAAGGAAACUGUAAUAUCUAUUGUGACAUAUUACUUAUAUGUAAGUUUUCAUAAAAAUAUAUGAUAAACAAGAUAUCUAUCAAACCCCUCUUUAUUAUUUAUAAUGAAUAUGUAUUUAACCUUUUGAGGUUCUAGACAAUAAAGCAAAGUAUACAUGAUGAUAUUUGACAGUGAUUGAUUUACUUACAGGGAUUUCAAAGGAUGUUGAAUGCUAUUAAAUGUUCAAAACUAAAGUCCCAUCAAGUAUUAGAAUUAUGAUUGCAUGUUCCAAAAAAAUCUAUUAUUAAUAAAGAAUACCAUCACUUCCUUGCA